GUAGUUUUUAAAAUGAAUCAGUGAUGGAGACGAAGAAUCACCUAAUCCAUUUUUUUAAUUCCUUAACUCCUGCAAGUUUUUGUUUUUAUGUACAUCCUUUUCUUCUUGCAUAAAAGGGAGUCUAGAGCUACAUCUACAAACCCCAAAGCUCCGAACUUUGAAGCAUUUCAUGUUUCGUCUCAAGCUCUGAGAAAUAAAAGACCCCUUGUAAGUAUUUGAAAAUGUCAUCAAUUAUACAGAUUUCCGUUGUAGAUUUGGAGCAGAGAAGCCAUCGCAGUGACAUGAGUGCCGAGGCUAGCAUUUGCUUCUCUGAUGCUGAAGAGGGUUCUUGCUAUUCCCACUUCUAUUCAACAAAUGGUGGCUCAUACGAUGACUAUAGCUUUGCUUGUGUUUCUGAUCCUGAGGUUAUUGAGGGUGUUCCUGAGUCAGGAAGAGCUUCUUCUGUCACUGAAUGUUCAGUGGAGGUGGAAAUUGAAAGUGGGGUUCCUGAAGUUAAGUUGCAUUUGGAUAUAGUGGAGAGAGAGUGUAGGAUUUGUCACAUGGGUUUGGAAAGUGAUAGCCAUGAAUCUGGGGUUCCAAUUGAAUUGGGUUGCUCCUGCAAGGAUGAUCUUGCUGCUGCUCAUAAACUCUGUGCUGAAACUUGGUUCAAGAUUAAAGGGAACAGGACCUGUGAAAUCUGUCAUUCUGUGGCACGGAAUGUUUUUACAGCAAAUGAGGAGACAGCUGAGAAUUUAAGUGACAGCAACAAUGCUAUCACAUUAUCCUCACUUCCAAUGCCGGCUUCCCCAGAAACUCGAAGAUUUUGGCAGGGCCGGCGCUUCCUGAAUUUUAUGCUUAUUUGUAUGGUUAUCGCAUUUGUCAUAUCAUGGGCUUUUCACUUCCAUUUUCAUUCACCUUAGUGUAGUUCUUUUAAGAUCACAGGGAAAUAAAAGCUUGUUAGAGUGGGGAAAUUUGGGGAAAACAAGGUGAAAUGAAAGAAGAAAAGAAGAAAUCCUGCCCAGCGACUCACAGAAGCCUUCCUUUUGAGAAUGAGUGUUUUUUAGUUUUCACAACCUGAGGCCUCAUAAAAAUCAGCUGUUCAUUUUGCAUUUCUUCAUUAUCUACUGGGCCCUUAGCCUUAAUUGGCUUUUUGAGUCUACCAUCCAAAAUUAAUGUGGUUCAUAGACAAGUACUGGAAUGCUGUGUUGAAAUGUAUAUCAUAGUAUUA